AUGGCCUGUGCAGCCAUGGCCACGGCGGUUACAUUUGGUCUGAGAUAUUCCCCAUCAUGCUCUUUCAUGGCUCAGCUCUCUCGCGGCUCAGUUCAACUCGCUCAAUUCAAUAGGCCCAACUCGUUGAGACUCAGUUCCUCAAAUAGCAUUUCUGGGUUGGCCUCGCUUCUUCCUCACAGGCUCUGCACUAUUGCUUCAAGCCCUCUUAGGCCUCGUUCUCUCACCAUCGUCUCUGCUAAAGGCUACAAAAUGAAGACCCACAAGGCUUCGGCGAAGCGGUUCAGGGUGACAGGUAGAGGGAAAAUAGUUCGGAGGAGAGCUGGAAAGCAACAUUUACUUGUAAAGAAGAAUGCCAAGAGGAGAACUCGACUAUCCAAAAUGCAUGAGGUGAGUCGAAGUGACUAUAACAAUGUGAUUGGAGCCUUGCCAUAUCUGAAAGUAAAUAGAAAGGCAGAGUAG